AUGCCGCUCAGAGUAGCUGUCGUUGGUGCCGGACCUGCGGGCCUGGUGACGGCUAGAUACCUCAAGUGGGCGCACUUGUACUUCGCGAUUGAGCCCAUCGAGGUCCGCGUCUUUGAGGCGGAGGAGGAUAUCGGAGGCACUUUCAAGUAUAGAGUCUACGAAGAUGCAGAGCUCGUGUCGUCCAAGUAUCUCACCGCCUUCUCCGACCACCGCCUAUCGCGAGACGCUCCUGACUAUGUCACUCCGGAGCUUUAUGUGCAGUAUCUGAACGAGUAUUGUGACCGGUUUGAACUACGCCAUCAUAUCGAAUGCUCGUCCAAAGUGACACGGGUCCAUCGAGUCGAAGAUGGAGGCCACAUCGUCACUGUUACUCGCUCCAAUGGCACAACCCUGGAUUACGCAUGCGAUGCCGUCGCCGUCUGCUCCGGCCUCAACGUCGAGCCGAGGAUCCCGCCCAUUAAGGGUCUCGAAAAGGUUCCAAAGGUUCUUCACUCGUCACAAUUCAAGUCCCGAGACCAGCUACGAGACAUCAAGAGUGAGAAGCCGACUGUCGUUGUCGUCGGCACCGGAGAGACCGGCCAAGACCUCGGCCAGCUUGCCGCCACAACUGAAAACGUGCGGCACGUUGUCAUGUGUCACAGGGACGGCUUCGUCGUGGCACCCAAGACUGCGCCGGCCCCUGUCAUGUUCGGGUUUUGGGGCAAGGGCGGAGAUAUCAAGGAGAAGCCCGUUGACUGCUCCAUCGCUAGUUUGUUCGACACUGCAUAUGUGCCCCCAAAGCUUCAGUCAAGCCAACUCCUUUGGGAAUUCUACAACCGGCAGAUCGACGUCACUUUCUCGCUUAUCGGUGGAGCGGCUGUUGGUUGGGACCAACUUGUCGGCGGCAUGCCUCGGGAAAGGAUGCACAUCGAUCACUUCUUUCCGGCUAAAUCUACUCGAGCGAUUCCCUACAUUUCCGCCCCCUGGCGCCGUCCGCUAUCGACCAUGGAGCGAAUCCGUCGGUUCCUGUUCUACAUCAAGGAGUACGACGUCGACACGAAGGGUAGAUACAUUGAUGUGGCGCCGUGGCCCGAGUACGUCGAUGAAGACGGCGUCAUGCACUUCCGCGAUACCGGAAGGCCAGAGUCCGAGAAAAUGCGGCACAUGGUCGUGAAGCCAGACGUGGUCGUGUUUGCGACAGGAUACACGCGUCGGUUCCCGUUCUUGGACGAGAGUUAUGGCACACCCGACACGGCGGAUGUGCGGGCCAUAUACCACAGCAACGACGUUUCUGUUGGCUUCAUCGGAUUUGUGAGGCCUAAUCUGGGAGCGAUUCCCACCCUGGCUGAGAUGCAAACGCAGUUCUGGAUUCUUCGCCUUCUGCAGUCAAAGUACCCCAACGUCCCUGGCCUCGAGACUUCACCAAGAGACCUCCCCCUUGAUCCAAACGCCCUUCCCGGGUACGAUAUAGACUGGAAGCUCCACCCUCGUUGCGGCCGGGAUCCCUGGGCCGAGAAGCGUGGCGUUGAUCACGAGAGCUACGUCUACCAGCUGGCCCUCGACAUCGGAUCCGCCCCGCGCAUCAGCUACGUCUUCUCCAAGGGCUUCAGGGCCUUUUACACGUGGGCCAUGGGCAGCAACUUCAACGCCAAGUUCCGCCUGGUGGGCCCGUGGAAGAACGAAGAAGAGUCGCUGCGCAUCAUGCGCGGCGAGCUGUUUGACAUUGUCAAGCAGUCUGGCGGUCUCCUGUACAUGUUUUGUAAUACCGUGAUACCCUUAUGCAUGUUUGGGGCGAUGAGCGUGGCCAUUCACACCUGGGACUGGACCAAGAGCGUGUUCAGCCCGUGGAGGCGGAGGAAGGGCCAGAUUCGCCUUCCAGAAUGUUGA